AUGAGACUCUUGGCAAUUGCAGCUUCGUUGUUCACCAUGGCGGCUGCCGGUCGUCCAUGUCGUAAUAUCACCCUCGACGAAUCCAAACUGGCCUUCUAUUCCGCCCCCGAAAACAACGGCCUAGGCGUCGCCGUCCUCGUCCUCCCCGGCGGCGGCUACUCACACGUCUCCCUCGAGCGCGAAGGCUCCAACUCGACAACCUACCUCAACGCCCGCGGCUACGACGCCUGGGUGCUAAACUACUCCGUCGCCGAAUCAUCCCCGACACCACUGUACCCGGUCCCGCAAAACGAGGCCCUCUGCGCAGUCCACCACAUCCGCACCCAGACGCAGAUCCCCGUCGAGAAACUCGGCAUCUGGGGGUACUCGGCCGGCGGACAUCUGGCGGCGGUUACGCUGACGAAUCCAGAGGCUGCUCUGGACUUUGGCAUCCUCGCGUACCCCGUGAUUUCCAUGGACAGCGCGAUAACGCACGAGGGGUCGCGGACGAACCUCCUCGGCGAGAACCCGUCGCGCAAACUCGUCAAAGAAAUGUCCGCCGAGAACCGCGUUACAUCCUCGACGCCGCCGACUUUAGUAUUCCACUCUGCAAACGAUGCUACUGUGCCCGUGGAGAAUUCGUUGCGGUUCAUCAGUGCUAUGACGGAGAAGUCGAGGCCGUAUCAGGCGCUGAUUAUCCCGGACGCCCCGCAUGGAAUCGGGUUGGCGUUUAAUGACCCGCAGCGGAAUUGGGAGGGGGAGUUGGAUCGGUUCUUGACGUAUUCUAUCUGA